GUCACUUGUUCUGGAUGCACAGAAUUGCCUUCAGUGCUGAUCAGCUACUUUGGGUACAGUUGAAAAUGUUUUUAUGGUUACUUUGUUUCCGUUUGUGUCAUUUGCUGCUCAAGUCCUAAACAUCUGAGAUAAUGCUAGUAUGUGAUUCACUGGGGAAUGCGUUGUAGACAUAUCCAGCCUCACACCCUGCCCAUGCAAUGUGCUUUCUGGUGUUUGAAGGGCUGAUUAACUUCAGCAUAACACCAGACUUGAGCUAUAUACUAACAGAAUGUGUGCAUGGUGGUAUGUAGGAUUGGAUAAGCACUCCUGGAGAAGUCAUCUCAUUCUACUUCUACGGACCCCAUACCUUCCACUCCCACAGCCUCCUUACUCCAGACAAGACGAAGCUUGCUGAACUUGUCCUGGAUCUGCAACAUGGAGGUGUCUGCAGCCCCUUGUUCUCCUGCCCCUGGAAAUACUACUCUGAAAAUCCUAACCUCUUUGGAUUUCUCGUAAAACCUCUUGGCGUUUUAUAACACCUCAGGACUUAGUAGCUCAGGUUUUAUGAUAGGCUAAAAUUUGUGAUAAGCAAAGCCUGCUUUGCUUUUAGAAGUAAAGUUCAAUAAUUACUUGAAAUGUGUUGUUUAAAGGUUAAUAUUUGCCAUAAGCAGAAUAUAAUUCAUUCGGAAACUUGACACUAGUUUGAUAUUAGUAUUGCCCCUCUCAGAGGGGAAAGUACUACAAUGACCAUGACUCUGCUAUGUUUGUGAAUGAUUCUACAGUUCAGUAUGGUCUUUCCUUCUGCUGGCUUCCAUCUCAGAGUGCAAGCACAUUCAGGGGAAGCCAUAUUCCUCUUCCAUGUUCUUCUCCUCUGUUAAAUGGCAUACUUGCUUUCACCUCAUUACUUCCUACAUGACUGUAAAUUCGAGAAUACUUGCAAGUACCAGGAUUCACUGCUGCAUUCCUUCCUUUGCAGUGCCCCGUUGCAGAGUGAGGCGCCAAGCCACCUGUUGCAUAGUGUGCUGCAGUUAAUUUGCAGCUGUUGAGAAGGGAGGCUGGAGAUAUUUCAGUUCAAAUAUGUCUGAGGUGAAAGAUGGAGAGAAACAAUUGAAUGAGAGAAGCGGCUUGCUUAGUUGGGAUGGAAGAUUCCUUCUUGUGCAACAAAGAUGGCAAGCCCUAUCUUACCCAGCUGGUUAAUGGCAGCUUUAUCCAUUGUAACUUAUGGAACUGAUGGUAGAUCCCUCUGGAUAAAUUGCUUUUUAUUAUUUUUAUUUUUUUGGAGGUGUUUUGGGGUUUUUUUUUAGCCUAAGUCCACCACCAAUCAAUAGGCUAUUAAUCUAGAAAUAAGAACCAGUGUAUUAAUCUCUGAAAAUUAUCAGCAUUUUACAUAAGCUCUUAAGUUCAUAAACAUCAACAGUAAAACACAAAUCUUUGGAUUAAGUGUUGAUAUUGAAUGUUUUAGGAUAAAUUGUUGUCCUCUCACAUUCUCCUCUAGCUCUCACUACUUGUUUUGACUCCAGGCUCCAAUAUUCCUGAUUUUUACCACCAUGUUCUGCUGUGUUCGUAUGGCCAGGAGCCACAGGGCAUUAUGAAAAAUAAUGGGCAAGGAGUUGAACAGCUCAGCAUGGUCACUGUUAGAAAGUUGAUAUGUGUAUGACUAUAGCUUCACGGCGUAACAGGUGAGAUUCUGUGAUUUCCACACACCUUGCAAGCUUGCUUAUUUGCGGUUCCUUGGAAGAAACCAUUGAUGGUUUAAUAUAGAAGCUGUGUGUGCUUCUCAUGUGAUCUAGAGAAGUCUUGAGCCACAGGUUGAUCACUCUGUCAUUAAACUCAAGUACAGGUAGACGGUAUCUAGGUGAUGCUAUCCACUUACCCCUCUGUAUUUAGACAGAUUUAUUGGACUCAAAGUGUUAUUGUCCAUAUCACAGUGUGUUUCUGUUCAUUGAAGAUGAUUAACCUGAGCUUGGUGGUUCUCCAGACUCAAGUUUUCAUCUUGGCAGAUUAUUUUAGUGGGCUCUUAGGAGACUAAGCACUGUUUCAUUGUAGAAUAGCAUGCAACUCAAACACAGGGAAGUUCAGUGUGAUCAGCAAAAAGCAAGACAGCUCAUUUCUCUGGUGGAAUGGCUUUAUCACACAGCAAGGCAUCCUUUGCACUUUGAUCCUUCAUCAUGGGAUAUAAGAGCAGAGUUACAGUAAAGUGGUCCAGAAGUAUCAGUAUGAGUUUAAGUUACAGACAGGUGUAAAAAUAAAGUGAAGUAUUCUGCUCCAGCAAAGAAUUACGUGAUUUUUUUGUUUGCUUGCUUCCCCUUCUUUGAGUCCUGACUGGCUUGAUUCUUUUAUGGCUGCUGUCCCUGGGCCUCUAAAGUUUCUAGAAGUGCAGAAAUCCGAUGGCCACGUCAUCAUUAUUGCUUUCCACAGGGAUCAGUCUUCAUCAUGUGUCCAUCCCAUCACCCACCUCUGGAGAGACAUAGUUUCUUUAAGAAUAUUAUGUCAGAAAGGCUCUUUUGGGUUUGUGUUUCCUUAGGCAGCCAUGACCCAGACGAAGAUGAUCCAACCAGUGUUCCAUCAGUUAUUGCCUUUGCUUUAGGCGUCGUAUUCAUACAGAAGCAUGGAUGUAGCUGGAGAUAUGCCUGCUUUUGUAUGUUGUUGAAACUCUGAAUUGCCAUCUCUUCUGUUUGGCCAGUAAAAGACUCGCAGAGCUGCGUUGGGGACUUCUGUAUCUGAAACACUUUGUAUGUCCUUGAUGCAUCUUCAUUCCCCCCCCCACCCCCCGGCCUUGUACAGAUGUUCUGUCCUUUGGAUCAUUUUUGUGGCCCUCUCUGGAUGUAUAUAUUAUUCCUAAGGAUCCAGUGCUAGCUGUCCACUACCUCCCAAGUUACCCCAUCACCACCGUGCUUUUGCAAAAGAAAAUAGCAAGUGAGAAAAGAGAGGCAAACAUAACAUCCCUGUGGCUGCAGCUGAUUGUCUGUUUCUCCCUGAGGUAUUUAUAAGCUGCAUACUGGCAGGCUGGGGUGGGCAGUUGGCUCACCCUGACCUUGGAGGCUGAAAGGCUGACCAGCAUUCCUGGGAGCCACGUGAGCACGACUGGCAGGAACAGCUGCAGCCAAUGGAGAUGCCUAGCAGUGGCUGCUCAGAUUGAGUUUCACUCCAGUCACUUGAGAUUUUUCUCUUUCUCCCCGUUGUGCUUUUCGUCUUUGUUUAUGGGAUUGGACAGGCAAAUGCACUGGUGUAGUCUUAGUGAGCAAGACAUUCGUUUAGUGGUUUUGGGAUUCUACCUUCGUUGCCAAACAACCACUCCUUGCCAUUGCCUUCCACAGCUCCAGCUGCCUGGCAUGGCUGGGCUUUUAUAGCUCCAAGCUUUCUGAGCACACAACCCGCCCUCCUGCAUUAGGGCAUUUUAUGUUGUGUUCUCUCAGGCUUUUCAUUUUUGCUGCAUUUAGAGUUUAGUAUAUGAGGCUUUUUAAUGCAUGGGAGAUGGGUCAGGACCAGACAAAGCAACAGAUAGAAAAAGGACUCCAUCUUUACCAAUCUAAUCAGACUGAAAAGGCUCUGCAAGUCUGGAUGAGGGUUUUGGAGAAGUCUGCGGAUCCUGCUGGCAGGUUUCGCGUUUUGGGUUGUCUCAUCACUGCUCACGCAGAGAUGGGCAGAUACAAAGAUAUGCUGAAGUUUGCAGUGGUGCAGAUUGACACAGCACGGGAGCUGGAAGACCCAAAUUACCUUACAGAGGGCUAUCUAAACCUGGCUCGCAGCAAUGAGAAACUCUGUGAAUUCCAGAAAACAAUAUCUUACUGUAAGACAUGCUUGAACAUGCAGGGUACCACUGUGAGCCUGCAGCUGAACGGCCAGGUGAGCCUCAGCAUGGGCAAUGCCUUCCUGGGCCUCAGCAUUUUCCAGAAGGCUUUGGAGUGCUUUGAAAAAGCUUUACGCUAUGCACACAACAAUGACGACAAGAUGCUGGAGUGUCGAGUCUGCUGUAGCCUUGGGAACUUCUAUGCCCAGAUAAAGGACUAUGAGAAAGCUUUGUUCUUCCCAUGUAAAGCAGCAGAGCUGGUGAAUGACUAUGGAGCAGGCUGGAGCUUGAAGUACCGUGCAAUGAGCCAGUAUCACAUGGCAGUGGCCUAUCGGAAGCUGGGGCGCUUGGCUGACGCUAUGAACUGCUGUGAGGAGUCCAUGAAGAUUGCCCUUCAGCAUGGUGACCGGCCUCUGCAGGCACUGUGUCUGCUGUGCUUUGCUGAUAUUCAUCUCAGUCGCAGAGAUGUCCAGACAGCCUUUCCCCGGUAUGAUUCUGCCAUGAGCAUCAUGACAGAGAUUGGAAACCGCCUGGGUCAGAUCCAGGUGCUGCUAGGAGUGGCAAAGUGCUGGAUGAUCCAGAAGGAGCUGGACAAGGCCCUGGAAAGCAUUGAAAAAGCACAGGAACUGGCAGAGGGACUAGGGAACAAGCUUGGUCUGCUGAAGCUCCACUGUCUGUGUGAAAGGAUCUAUCGCACUAAGGGGCAGCAGCGAGAAUUGCGUGACCAUGUAGUGAAGUUCCAUGAAUGCGUGGAGGAGAUGGAGCUGUACUGUGGCAUGUGUGGAGAGUCUAUUGGGGAGAAGAACAACCAGCUGCAGGCGCUGCCUUGCUCCCACUUCUUCCACUUGAAGUGCCUGCAGACCAACGGGACGCGGGGCUGCCCCAACUGCCGCCGGCUGUCGGUGAAACCCGGAUACGUGUGACCGGCACUACGGACACUACGAGGCACAACGCCUCGUGCCGCCUCCCUCGGCUGAGCUGUGUACCCGCACCCACCGCAAUAAACUGUCCGCCACCAGCCCGUCUGUGCCGCACG